AUGGUUGCGCAUGCGCUGGCUCCUGGGUGGUUGUUGGGCUUCAGCAGGUUGGGGCCGCUAACGGGUGAGUAGCAGCGUGACGGGGGGACGGGGCGAGGGGUCGCGAAGGGAGAGAGGCGUUCUGUGUCCCCCCCCCACCCCCCCAAAAAACAAGAACGCGAGGUUGCCCCCCACCUGAGUAGAGCUCUUUUCUCCCACACGUCACCCCUGGACAGUCUCUCCUUCUUCUUCUUCUUCCUGCCCCCCCUUCAAAAGACUCUCCGGUUCCCCCUUCUCCCGAGUUGGCGAGUUCAACGCUUCCCCCCUCUCUCCGCGCCCCACAGUCCAGAGAAGGAGCUGCCCCCCCCCCCGAGCGGGCACAGGGGCCUGCUGACUGCAUGACUGCGGUUCCCCAGGACAGGCCAGAAUUGCUGUGAUUGCAAGCACAAACUCCCGUUCCCUACCCUUCCCCACCCCCCGCAGUUCCUGCACGCGCUUCUCCUGCCCGCACUUAACGGCGGGAUAUUGGCACCCUCCGAGACGACGAGGAGGGCUGGGGGGUGCGUGUGAGGCAAAGGAAAACCCUUCUUUCCGGAUGUGGGGGAACCCCGGAUCUCAUAAGGCAGGCCUUCCUUGCACCUUCGUGGCUUUUUUUUGUUUUGUUUAUGCAGAGCAGUUCUGGAAAUCCUUUUCUGGGGUGCUGUUUUAAAAGGUCGGUAACCGGGCACUGAUAAUUCUGUGCUUCAUUGGAUCUCUUCUUUUCUCCCAUCAGGAACACAAGAAGCCUUGGGCAAGGAAUUUUGUACCUGGCGAAGUUGGAGGACCGCCACCCCCCACCUGGAAGAAACAGUCUGUUUCCCUGUCUCUCUGCAUCUGUGUUUUGGGGAUGCAGCCUCUCUGACAAGAUUGCAAAAAUGCAGUUGA